GAGGGCCGACGGGCGGGCGGCGGCGGCCACUGGCCAGGCGUGAGCGCGUGCCGGGCCGCCAGGGGCACAGAGCGUCCCUCUCGUCGCUCGAGCCCGGAGCAGCCUCGGCGGCUGCACCUCCCGCCCUCCGCCCUUCCACCCGGCCCUCGGCCCCGCUGCGCGGCACCAUGCCUGCCGUGGACAAGCUCCUGCUAGAGGAGGCGUUGCAGGACAGCCCCCAGACUCGCUCUUUACUGAGCGUAUUUGAAGAAGAUGCCGGCACCCUCACAGAUUAUACCAACCAGCUGCUCCAGGCCAUGCAGCGUGUCUACGGAGCCCAGAAUGAAAUGUGCCUGGCCACUCAGCAGCUUUCUAAGCAAUUGCUGGCAUACGAAAAACAGAAUUUUGCUCUUGGCAAAGGCGAUGAAGAAGUGAUUUCUACACUCCACUAUUUUUCCAAAGUGGUGGAUGAGCUUAAUUUUCUCCAUACAGAGCUGGCUAAACAGUUGGCAGACACAAUGGUCUUACCUAUUAUACAAUUUCGAGAAAAGGAUCUUACAGAAGUAAGCACUUUAAAGGAUCUUUUUGGACUUGCCAGCAGUGAUCUCUCUUUAUUUUUAGAGCAUGACCACUCAAUGGCAAAAUAUAGCAAACUUCCUAAAAAAAAGGAGAAUGAAAAGGUGAAGACUGAAGUUGUCAAAGAGGUGGCAGCUGCACGGCGGAAACAGCAUCUUUCUUCCCUUCAGUACUACUGUGCCCUCAACGCGCUGCAGUACCGAAAGCGUGUGGCCAUGAUGGAGCCCAUGAUAGGCUUUGCCCACGGACAGAUUAACUUUUUUAAGAGGGGAGCAGAGAUGUUUAACCAAAGUAUGGACAGCUUUUUAUCCUCCGUUGCAGACAUGGUUCAAAGCAUUCAGGUGGAACAGGAAGCUGAAGCGGAAAAGACGCGUGUGUCCCAGCAAGAAUUACUUUCUGUUGAUGAAUCUGUUUACACUCCAGACUUUGAUGUGUCUACACCACAGAUCAACAGGAACCUCAUCCAGAAGGCUGGUUACCUUAAUCUUAGAAAUAAAACAGGGCUGGUCACCACCACUUGGGAGAGACUUUACUUCUUCACGCAAGGCGGGAACCUCAUGUGUCAGCCCAGGGGAGCCGUGGCCGGAGGUUUGAUCCAGGACCUGGACAACUGCUCAGUGAUGGCAGUGGAUUGUGAAGACCGACGCUACUGCUUCCAGAUCACCACGCCUAAUGGGAAAUCGGGAAUAAUCCUCCAGGCAGAAAGCAGGAAGGAAAAUGAAGAGUGGAUAUGUGCGAUAAACAACAUCUCCAGACAGAUCUACCUGACCGACAACCCAGAGGCAGUCGCCAUCAAGUUGAAUCAGACAGCUCUCCAAGCAGUGACUCCCAUUACAAGUUAUGGAAAAAAGCAAGAAAGCUCGCGCCCCAGCCAAAACCUGAAAAAUUCAGAGAUGGAAAAUGACAAGAUUGUUCCCAAAACAACAGUUAAUGUACCUGAACCUGAACAACUAAUUGCACCUGGAACACCUAUUCAAUUUGAUAUUGUGCUUCCUGCUACAGAAUUCCUGGACCAGAACAGAGGGGGCAGGCGGGUCAACCCUUUCGGUGAAACUGAGGAUGACACGUUUCCAGAAGCAGAAGAUUCUCUCUUGCAGCAGAUGUUUAUAGUCCGGUUUCUGGGCUCGAUGGCAGUUAACACCGACAGCACUGCGGAAGUGAUUUAUGAAGCGAUGAGACAAGUGCUGGCUGCUCGGGCCAUUCACAACAUCUUCCGUAUGACGGAAACCCACCUGAUGGUCACCAGCCAAACUCUGAGGUUGAUAGAUCCUCAGACUCAAGUAACAAGGGCCAAUUUUGAACUUAGCAGUGUCACCCAGUUUGCUGCUCAUCAAGAAAACAAGAGACUGGUGGGCUUUGUGGUCCGCAUGCCCGAAUCCACAGGUGGAGAGUCUCUGAGCACGUACAUUUUUGAAAGCAACUCAGAAGGGGAAAAGAUAUGUUAUGCUAUUAAUUUGGGAAAAGAAAUCAUUGAGGUUCAGAAGGAUCCAGAAGCAUUGGCUCGGUUAAUGCUCUCCAUACCACUAACCAAUGAUGGAAAAUAUGUACUGUUAAACCAUCCACCAGAUGACACUGAUGGAAGCCCAAGUGAAAACAGAGGCGCAGAAUCUGAAGCCUAACUCUCUUGCCCCUUCGGGGGAAGAGCACCCCACAAGGAGAGCUGCCUCCUUAAGGGUCUCAACUUCUCUGAUAUGCAGGCACACGCCCUGGUUUCAGAAUGCUGACAGUCGCUCAUGGGAUGUCCCCUCGAUGCCUUGAUACUGAGACUUGGGAGGGCAACAGUAAGAAAUGGUUGACAACAUUCCUACCCAUCUACAAAUGUUAUUUUAGGUGCUUUGUGGUAAGUCCUAUUCUUAGAUUGCAUUGUUCAGCCUUCAGAAUGAAAUUAUGAAAAAAUACAUUGUUCACUUUAUUUAAAUGUCAUUUCUUCAGUUUCCAGUAUCCUUUUUUAAAAAUGGCAAAAGCCUAGAUUUAUAACUUGAUAAACACUAAAUAUUUCCUAUUAAUAUAAUCUAUUUUUGUAUUUUACUUCAGCUUUAAGUGCCUGUCAUUCUGAAAACUGUGUAUUUAUAAUCAAGCUUAUCUCAUAAUUGGACCUGAAGGCAUUAAUUGGCACAGUCAGGUGACGAGCCCUCCGAGGCUCGCGCGCUAGCAGAUGUGCAGGUCUAGUUUUGAGGCGCACUCCAGACAUCACGCAGUAACAAGACUAGCGGACGAGUAACGCAGCUGUUUAACUUAGUCAUCGUAAUGAAGCAGCCUUCCUAAGUUUAUGGUCCUCUAGACGAUACGCUUUCCAGUGGUGGGUCACCAUGGACAGGGUGCAGCUCCACCAGUUCCUGUUUCUCUGAGCCAGACCCUCCUCAAGGAAGGGACCAAUUAAUUUUAAAACUCACUUGAAGCACAGCUGGUCCUGGGGCCUGGUCUAAAGUUCCCGUUUCCACACUGACACAUCCAGUUCCUGGCAUGCCAGCCCACUCCACCAUGCUGUCCUACCCCUGAAAUAAGUAUAAUGAUCUUGAAUUGGUACAAUGUUUAAUUGUAACCAAGUACAACAGAAUAUCACUGUCUCUGUCAUAAAUUAACCUAGCAGUAAAUGCUAGCAAAUAAAAACUAUCAUUCUGUUUC